AUGGCGGCAUCGCGCGUUCAGCGUUGGGCAGUAUUUUUGUCGGGAUAUAAUUAUAAAAUUAAAUAUAUUGAAGGGAAGAAUAAUAAUGCCAAUUGCUUUUCCCGUUUUCCAGUUAAAAACGAUAAAAAAGAAAUUGAUUGCGAAACUAAUGAAUAUUCAUAUUUAAAUUUUGUAACCAAUGAUAUUGAAGUUAUCUCAACUGAUGUUUUACGUAAUAAAAUCGAUAAUGACUGUGAAUUAAAGACAGUUAAACGUUUUAUUCUGGAGGGAUGGCCAAGCAAAGUUUCGGAUGAUUUAAAAAAAUAUGCGAGCAAAAAUCGAGAAUUAACUAUUGAAAAUGGUUGUGUAAUGUGGGGUCAUAGAAUUGCAAUUCCGAGUACGUUGAGAAAAGAGUUACUUGCAGAAUUGCAUAGUGCUCACAUGGGGGUAGUUAAAAUGAAAACAUUAGCGAGAUCUUAUAUUUGGGGGCCGAAUAUUGAUAAAGAUAUCGAGUUAAUUGGUAAAUCGUGCGAAUCGUGCUUAAAAAAUGCAGAUAACCCACCUAAAGCAAAUUUGCAUUCUUGGGAUUGGCCUAAUGGACCAAAUCACAGAAUUCACGCUGAUUUUUUGGGUCCAGUUUCGGGCGAAAUGUUUUUAAUUAUUGUUGACGCUUAUUCGAAAUGGGUUGACGUAAAGUUAAUGAAAAAUAUAACAGCUGAAAAUACAAUUAGAGCUUUUAAAGAAUAUUUUUGUACGUGGGGUUUACCGUUCAAACUAGUAACUGAUAAUGGUCCAACGUUCACUUCAUUUGCUUUUCGAGAUUUUGUUUUAAAAAAUGGUAUUCGUCAUAUUAAAACUCCGCCGUAUCAUCCAGCUUCUAAUGGAGCUGCUGAGAAUGCUGUAAGAACUUUUAAAAGUAAAUUUGAAUUGCUCAGAUUAGAAACGGAUAGUCAAGAUGCAUUAGUUAAAUAUCUUUUUUAUUGGCGUUCAACUCCACAUUGUUCAACGGGAGUUAGUCCAGCCGAACUUCAAUGUAAUCGUAAAUUUAGAAAUAGAUUUGAUUUGUUAAAAAUUGAGGUUAAAGAAACAGUUAUUCGUAGUCAAGAAUCACAAAAGAAAUUUUUUCACGGUAAUAGAGCAAUUCAGUUUAAAAAUAACGAAGUUGUGAUGGCGAGAGAUUAUAUGGCGGAAAAUUGGCAAAAAUCGGAAAUUGAGAAACAAUUAGGACUGGUUACUUAUCAAGUAAGAACAGAAAACAAUAAACUUUGGAAACGUCAUGUCGACCAGCUCCGACCAUGCAAUCUUUCGCUUGAUCGAAAAGGGAGAGAGACAGAAUCUGUCGGUGGGGAGAGAGUUGUUGAUAUGAAUGCUGGAGUGUUGAAUAAAAGUUCAAUUGAUAAUAAAGUAUUUUCGGAAAAAGGAUUCGCCUAG